CAACGCAUGCGCAGUUCAUGGAUUGACGUUUUAACGUGGCGGAGGGCUGGGCCAAGAAUCUGCCGAAUAAUAACGAUUUUCGAAAGAAAUACUGCAUCGAAAUUGUAUAUUUUUUAGCUUUCCGACGUUUAAGGUUGUGAUAGAAACACAUCAUGUCUUCUUCGGGAGACUUUGGGAACCCUUUGAGGAAAUUCAAGCUAGUUUUUCUCGGAGAACAGAGUGUGGGCAAGACGUCACUUAUCACAAGAUUUAUGUACGAUAGCUUCGACAACACAUACCAGGCAACGAUCGGCAUAGAUUUCUUGUCCAAGACCAUGUACCUUGAGGACCGGACGGUCCGACUGCAGCUGUGGGACACGGCGGGCCAGGAGCGAUUCCGCAGUCUCAUACCCAGCUAUAUUAGAGACUCAACGGUAGCAGUGGUAGUCUAUGAUAUAACAAAUGCUAAUUCAUUUCACCAGACGUCCAAGUGGAUCGACGAUGUUCGGACGGAGAGAGGGAGCGACGUGAUCAUCAUGCUCGUCGGAAAUAAAACAGAUCUGGGUGACAAGAGGCAAGUGUCGAGAGAUGAAGGGGAAAGGAAAGCCAACGAGCUGAAUGUAUUGUUUAUUGAAACCAGCGCCAAGGCAGGAUACAACGUCAAACAGCUUUUCCGUCGAGUAGCAGCAGCCCUACCCGGAAUGGAGACCACAGAACCCAAAAACACCGGCGACAUGAUUGAAGUCAAACUAGAAAAGAACACACCACAGGACCCCCAACAGCAAGAAGGUGGAUGUGCAUGCUGAUGAAUCCAUCUAACAGCUAUUCCCAUUGGCCACCUUGUGACAAAGCUGAGCUCUCAUUGGCUUACAACAAACAAAAAAGUCGGCAUCAUGUAACAGACUCUCUGAUAGGUUGUCAAACAACCACCACUGGGACACUGCUUUGUAACACUCUAUCUGAUUGAGUGCUGAUAUGUAUGAGUAUGAAUAAUUCCGAAGAAAAAUGCACCAAACGUGAAAACUAGUCAUGAAGCACCAACAGGACAAUGCAGGAAAAAAAGGAUUAGUUGGAAAAUACAUGUACACAAUUAUAUAUAGUUCUGUUGGCUUUGGUGUCCUUUUGAAUGGUCAUCGUGUGCCAGUGCAUACAUUUGAGACUUCUCAAUUUUCGUGCCUGUCUCGUGUAAACUUUGCCAGCAUCUGGCAUUCCUUGUUUUUCUAUGAAUGCAAAGGCAAUGUAGGUUCUUGUCAAUCAAAAGUCAUUUAGUUUGCUAAUGAGCUGCCGACAACACGUCACGGCAGUCGUUAAUCUAAGAGGUAUUCGUUCUGGCACUCUUUUGAUUUUAUCGAGUUGUGUCGACUCAAUGAAUUCCUUUUUUUUUCUGUAGCCUUGCUUGACUGUAUGCACCGUGGAUACAUUGCUAUGCUUUUUUAUGGCGUAAUUUCAGUUGUUUUUUUUUUUAGUUCCAAGUGUACAUGUAGUUGCCACUGUCCAUUCCAGUAGUUUUUCAGCGUACAUUGUUUGUAGAUUUUGUUCCACUUGUUUUGUUACAUGCGGCCGAAUGUUACUGAUUUAUUGUGUCGUUUCUGUGGGGAAGAAAUCCUUCGCUACCCUCGUCAGUCCUUUGUUGUCUAGGUUUGGUAUUGUUUUAGAGAAAAGUUGUGAGCACAAAUAUAAGGACUUGGAGAUUUUUCCGGAUAUGCCUACAUGCAAAUGGCAACUGAAAAUGUCUGCCAUUUACAUAUUGCUGAGGGUGAAACUUUUGACACUGUUGACUUGCCGCGGUUGGAAAGAAGAUUGUUAUCAAGUUAGCAGAGCAGGCAGUCGGUCCUAUGGGGAAUAGUCCUGGUUUUAAACUGGCUUGCGGCAAGGCUUACAUGUAUGUAACAACUAGACCAGUGUUGGAGCUAGUAAUAAUAUUAUUGUUAUGAUGAUGUCGCAGUGCUGGCCAGUGAAGUCAGUUUUGUUAAUAAAUUGAUGUGCGUAUGUAGGUAUGAUGGCACAUUCCCUGAAGUUUAUGUUCGGAGAAUUGUUCGCUUGUCCUUUCAAACUCAAAAACACGUUGCCGGAAAACUGUAGAAGGAAUCUUGGGCCCAUCAUUGGUGUUGGCAACUGAAAGAAGAGAAUAUGAUUUGAACUGCUUCGUCAAAACUUUGUAGGUUUUACAGUUUACUGUACACAAAUUGGGCUUUGUAGUGAUCUUUAAACAGAAGCAAACUCUGUUUCUCUCUGCCAACGUUAGUUCACUGUUUUUGCUCCAGACCUUACAUACCUUUUGUGUGUGUCCCGGUUCUUGCAGUGAAAGGAUAACUUGAAUUAUUGGUCUUGGAUUCCAUUCAUAUUCCAUCACAGCCUAUGCAUUGUUAAAAAUUGUACAGUAUACAGAGUGACUUCUUAAAUUAUUAUGGAUAAUGCAUGUAGCUGACGACAUUGCUACAACACUGCGUAGUGUGUGGGUGCAGUUAGAUGCGGGUUUAUCUCUUUGAAAUGCUGGAAGAUUUUGUGAUGAGGUCUUGAGGUAAAUAGGAGGGGCUUUUCUGAAAGGUUUUCGUGGUAGACUAGGUCAGAUGCCAACAUUUUGUGAUGCCCACCCACAGUACCGCCGAAGUGGUCGGUUCGCCACAUAUGCGAUGGUUCAAAUUUGUAACAAAAAAAAAAAUUCUGUGAUUUGUGUACAGUUCAGUGUGAUGGUUUCCCCUUACUGAUGACGCAACCCUGCCCAGCUGGAGAUAGCAAGACCCAGGAGUUUUUUUGUUUUUUUUUAAUUUGUUUUGUAAGUUUUGGUUUUGUAAGUCUGGUUUGUUAGAUUCUGUUCAGUUUCUGUUACAGCGCUGUCUUUGUAACUCCCAGAACUUGCUUUUCACAUUUGUAUAUUUCCAUUCUAGGCUUUGGUAAGGGUUGGCUAUACAUACAUGUAUCAAGAGAGAUGUUGCAUUGUUUGCAAUACAUAUAUUUGUAAGAACAAAACAAUUUGAAAUUCCAAAACAUCAAAAAACAUAUAUAUAAACAUCACUGGCGACAUUGUCAAAGAUUUUAUUUUCUUGAAACAAGUUUAGUCUCUUGUUACUGACUGUACCCCUUCAAUCCAGAAGUAGAUAAAUUUAACCCAAGAAGAGAUUUUAAAAGAUCCUGAAAAUCCCAUGGAUUCCUUCUCUAAUUGGGCAUUACAUCAGUUACAGAAUAAUUGAAGGUUUGCAUUUUGGGGGAAAAUGAAGACUAAAAACUUUUUAAAUUGAUCUGUUGGUUGAUUAGAGUAAAACUGCGAUGUUGCAUACCAGUAAGCUGCCCAAGUAUAAGCCCAGCGUGGCAGCAAAGAGCGACGUAAUAAAACUUUGAAAAUA